CAAUAAUAAUACAUUUGCGUUCGAAUUACGUGCCGCCGAGCAUUCUGCGCCCGCCGCCAGUCCUUCACAUGUUCCGCCAACCCUCCGUAGUUGACUUGGUGAGCAGCAGCAGCAGCGACGAAGACGACGACUUCCCUGUCCAUCUGCAGCAUCGAACAGUAGAUCGCGGCGAGAAUGACAUCAACGAGCCGGACUCCCCCGACGACCACCACUUCCAUCAACUGGAUGAACCCAUGGAGAUCGAAGAAGACGAGCCAUUUCAGCCAGUGGUUGAACAUCGAGAGGAUGUUAACACAACCUCCGUCGUCAAUGUGGCAAGCGCGUUGGAAUCCGUGCUCAAGGACUUGGAGUCGGAGGAAGAUGCCGACGACGAGGCUGCUCCGCCUCCUUCAUCCCAUCACCCCCAAACGACCCCGCCGUAUGCGAUCGAUCUAUCCCAGGACGACGACGACGUCGUGAAUGACGGUCACUCCACGGACGAUGCUGCGAGUGCGUUCUUCACGUCCAUGAGCGCGGUGCUCAUGAAGAGCAAGUACGAAGAAGGUAGCUCUACCGACGCGUUUGCAAACCGCGAAGAAGGCGAGCUCUCGGACGAUCCAAGUCAGUUAGAACAAGAUGCAUCAUGGCGGCAAAAACAGUUGGAGGCGACGUACCUUCGGGAAGCGCAAGUCGCGCGUCGCCAGGCCGCGCUGCGCGCCAAGACCCUCUCGUCUCCUUCCAUAUAUCCCCCCAUGUCCAAGCGACAGCAAAAGAAACUCAAACGAAAGCUGCACGAGUCCAUGAGUUAUACCGCCCCGACGCCGUCACCGUUGACCACCAACACGACGAGUCCGUACGCACAGUAUGCAUCUCCCCAGGAUCGCCUGGCACGCCGUCACAUGCCGCCACCGCCGCUACCUCCUCCAGAGACCAGCAUUCUCCGCGUGCAUCGACAUAAUGUCGUCAUGGACGACUCGCCGCUACCAUCGCCGUUUCCAUCGACCAGCCAUCUCCAACAUGCUUCUCCUGGGCAAUUCAUGGGUUCAAUGCAUCCACCGUCGGGGCCAUGUGAUCCAGCAGUCGGCGUUUCGCCGCCGCCUUCAUCGUCGCCAGAUCAUCGUGCCGCAUUGAACGCCUCUCGAGUUAUCGCCUCUACUCCACCUCCAUCCUCCAUGACGACCCCCCAACACGAAGCGUCUGCCGCCGUGACGCCGCCCGUGGACAUCACCCCCACAAAUUCCAAUGGCCACUUGGACGACCUGUCGUUGCUUGAAACGCUGCGCAAUGCUGUGAAACGCUCUGUGAAAAAAGCCAAAGGGUCCCCCCCCCCGGAGCAGAAUGCGGCUCCAGUAGUUGGACGACAACUUGGUCGUACAGAUGAAUCGCCGCCCGCCGACAUGCCCGUCGCCGACGUUCCGUCGACCGCAUUCCCAUGUGGUUCAUCCAAGAUGGCACUUGGCCCCCCCCAUGUGAUGAAAUGGCCAAGACCUUCCCAUGCUUCUUCUCCCCCUCGAUCGAGCGGACUGAAGCCACUGACGGCAUGUUCGCAGACGGUCGUGAUUCAGCUGUCGACGGCGGACUGUAACAACAUGCGCAGACGUAUGCAGCAAGUUGAGUCGAUGGAGAAGGAAGCCAACCCUAUUGCGACACUCAAGCUCAAGAUUGCCGCCCGGGAAACCGAGCUGCUCUUGCGAAAACAGCAGCAGCAGCACGUUGUCAAAUCCAUGGGUCCCCCCACCCUUCUGGAACCAGCGACCCCCCCAUCCCCCCCCCCGUUGCCAUCGUCUGCCAUGCUGACAUCGUCCCCCACACGAGAUGGAGAUAUUGAGAUCGGUCCAAGGACGACGGCGGCGGCGGCGGUCGUGUCGCCGACCAUGCUGGAUCCCGUCGCGGUGGCGGAGUCGCAUAUCGGACGAUUGGAGAAACGCAUUGGCGAGUUGAAGCACUUGAUUUCGCAAAAGGAAUUGAUGCUGGUCGUUGGGACGAGUCGCCAGGGGGGUAUUUAAAAAAGAUUUAAAAAAUAUAAAAUAAAAAGCACCUUGACCGGGACUGAAACCCGUUUCAACUGUAC